AUGGCAGGCAAAUGUUUCACGUACUCCGAAAGCAGUACAAAGAAAAGCAGUACAAAGAAAGCAGUACAAAGCAGUAGUGCAGCAGAAAGAGGCGGUGCACCGGAGGGUCCAGCUGGUACAGGUAAAACAGAAACCACCAAAGAUUUAGCCAAAGCGGUUGCCAAGCAAUGUGUCGUAUUCAACUGUUCUGAUGGCUUGGACUACAUAGCUCUCGGAAAGUUCUUCAAGGGCCUGGCGUCGUGCGGUGCAUGGGCCUGUUUUGACGAGUUCAACCGCAUAGAUCUGGAGGUGUUGUCAGUUGUGGCCCAACAGAUCCUCACCAUACAGCGAGGCAUCAACUCGGGCAAUCCGAAGCUGAUGUUUGAGGGCACCGAACUGACACUGGAUCGCACCUGUGCUGUCUUCAUCACUAUGAACCCGGGAUAUGCGGGCCGCUCUGAACUGCCUGACAAUCUUAAGGCUCUAUUCAGAAGCGUGGCUAUGAUGGUGCCUGACUAUGCGCUGAUUUCGGAGAUAGUUCUGUAUUCGUGUGGCUUCAUCAGGGCGCGACCGCUGGCCGUAAAAAUAGUCGCCACCUACAAGCUAUGUUCAGAGCAACUGUCCUCUCAGAAUCAUUACGAUUAUGGUGUUAUGGAUUUAUCAAUAAUGCUUUCAGUCAUUAAAAGUAUACUGUAGUUUAUAAUUAUUUUUACAUCUCUAUAAAAAGGUGUGUUUUUAUGCUUAUGCGACCGCAACCGUCGACCGAGAAACAAUACUGUUG